AUGUCACGACCCACCAAAUGGGGAGGCCAAAAAAGCCGCCAAGUUCAAUUUGGCGAUGAGAAGCUCGACACCAUCAUCACAGGCCAUCUAACUCAGGAGCAAGUAGAUGCUUAUCAGAGAUUCUUCAGAGUUGAAGAGAUACUGCAUUACUUACGUCGUGGAGGACGCAGCGGGAGAACCUUUCUAGAUCUUCUCCCUCUGAGUAAGGCUCAAAACUUCAAGAGAGAUCCAUCCCCACCUCCACAAUAUGAUCUGAACGGUAACAGGACCAACACCCGUGAAAGACGUAUAAGAGAGCUGCUCGAGAAGGAGAGAGAUGUGCUUGUCGAGCUUGCCGUUACAACAAUCAAAAACUACGAUCCCCCAGUGGACUACCGCAGGCCUGAGAAGACAAGUGAGAAGCUUUACAUACCAGCCAAGGACUACCCCGACAUCAACUUUGUUGGUCUCUUGAUUGGGCCUCGUGGAAACACCUUACGCCAGCUUUCAGAAAAGAGUGGAGCGAAGUUGGAAAUCAGAGGCAAAGGAUCAGUUAAAGAUGGUAAAAGCAUUACAGACGCCCGUGGUGGUGCUCCAGCAGAAGAUGAUUUGCAUGUUCUAAUAUCUGCAGACAAGGGAUCCAAGAUACAAAAGGCCAUUCAGCUCACAAACGAAGUGAUGGAGACGGCCAUCCUGUCCCCUGAAGGCCAAAAUGAUUUGAAGAGAGGCCAACUCCGAGAAUUGGCUGUGCUUAACGGUACCCUUCGAGAGACCAAACCAUACGUGCCUCCAGAAGUGCUCAACAAGAAGCCACCUAUCAGAGACAUCACACUGGUUGUUUGUCGUAUUUGUGGAAAAGUGGGACACUACUCGAGAGAUUGUGUUCUUAGGAAUGGCAAUGGGGAGAACUCACCGACAGGCAGCUUCACGCAAAGCCCCAGCCCGGGCUUCGACAAAGUCCGAGACUCGCCUCAUGGAGAGAGAGACUCCUAUGUUCCAAAAUUGCAUAGUCCCAGACCCGAUAAAAGACCCUUUGAGGAGGCUGUCCCUCCCUGGAAACGUCAAAAACCGGGCACAGACUCCUACAUUGGAUCUCUGGGUCUCCCACCGCCUCCUACAGUUACAGCAUCACAGCCCCCACCUCCACCAGGACUUCAACCACCUCCACCCCCUGCAUCUCAAAACCCACCUCCACCGGGUUUGACGAAACUACCACCACCUCCAAAUUUGUCCCAGGCACCACCGCCACCUGCUCAGGCACCACCGCCUCCAGUACAAGCACCUCCCCCACCUGCUCCACCAGCAAAUACUACAGCUCCUCCACCUCCACCACCUCCAUCGAAUGGGACACCACCACCACCACCACCUCCCUCGAAGUAA